GACAGGAACGUCACGUGACCCUUUAGGUUCAGCCCAUUGGUAAACUAGACAGGCGGCUCCGCCAAUAGGAAGACUCUUGCUAUCAGAAAACACUUCCGGCUUCCGCCUUGCGCUCCUGCACGUGAUACCGAAUAGAGGGAUCUAUCAUGGGGCUGAUCUCCAAAAUUGCCCGAGGUCUGGUUCGGGGGGCAGACAGAAUGGCCGAAUGCACAAGCAAACAGGGCCCCAAUUCUUAUAACAAGGGGAGAGGGGCCAAGAAGAUCGGGUACCUGACGGCCAGUGGCAAAUUUGUCAAAGUGCGGGAAAUGGUCCCCGUGUUUGUGGUCCCAGAUUUAACCGGGUUCAAAUUAAAGCCAUAUGUGUCUUAUAAGGCCCCCCCUGGGACCGAGGAUCCAAUGACUGCCAAGAAGCUUUUCAUGGAGACUGUGGGGCCCCAGAUAGAAAAGGACUUGCAGGAGGGCACAUUUAGGCCAGAGGACCUGGAAAAGUAUGGAUUUGAGCCCACCCAGGAGGGCAAAUUGUUCAAGCUGUUCCCCAGAAACUACAUCCAGUAAUUGUGGGGGGCUUCAAUUGGGACAGACUUAUGUAAUAAUACGAGAGCUUCCCACAACUACAGCUUUCCCCCAAAACAUAAGGGUGCAUUGAGGAGUCUCUGUACUCUCCUGCUCUGUUAGGCCCCCAGUUCUAAAAUCUAUUUUUUAAAUAAAAGCCAUUUGUGCA